AUGGCCGCCGAAAGAUCGAACGUUUCCAGCGACCUCAUCUGGCAGCUCACCCGCAACCAGAACGCUUACCUGGUCAAGCGUAACAGCAAUGGUGGUGUCCAGUUCUCACGCGACCCCCUCAACGUCUUGAACAAGCACUCUUUCAAGUACGCCGGCUACUCCAACACCAAGGCCGUCGGUGUUCAGCCUGCCGAGAAUGGUGGAGUUGUCGCUAUCACCAAGAAGCCUGGCACCUCCCAGCAACCUGCCAAGAGCCUGGCAACCGUGACCUACGGGCCCAACGCCUCCAACCGCAAGGUCUACAAGGGUGUUGCUGACAGGACUGCUAAGGGUGGCUAUCGCGCUGACCUCCGACAAGAUGCAGUUGCUCGUGUGAGUGCGGUUCGCCGCUCCCAGAAGGCUAAGAAGGAUACCCCCGCCAGAAAGCCCCGUGGAGCUCAGGCCAGGAAGGCUACCGAGGAGGAGUCUGCAUAA